AUGAUUCCUGAGGGCUCAAAUUUAAAAUUCUUGGAACAAAAUUAUGCAAUCGGAAUUGACCUAGGUAUCUCAUAUUGCAGAGCAUGCUUGUUCGAUGGUGAGAAAUUUAUGAUGAUACCCAAUGAGAUAAACGAGAUAGCUACUCCAUCUUACAUAUCAUUCACUGAAACAGGUGUUUUAGUUGGUCAAAAAGGCAAGGAUGAAAUUUUACAUAAUCCAUAGAACACAAUAUUCAAUAUAAAGCGACUAGUCGGUUAAAGAUUCUCAGAUUUGUAAGUGCAAGAGGACAUAAAAAAUCUGCCUUUUAUUAUUGAGCAAGGCCCAGGUGACAAGCCACUAAUAGUAGUUGAGUUGAAAAAAAGAAUCUUUAAGUUUUAUCCUGAGGAGAUAUAUUCUUUCUUAAUUGAAAAGAUUAUUGAGAAUGCGGAAUCAUUAACCAAGCAGCCUGUAAAUGAGGUAGUUGUUACUGUGCCUGCCUACUUCAAUCGAGCUUAAAUAUAUUAAACUAUAAAAGGAUGCUCUCUUGAUUCUGUUAAAGUACUAAGAACAAUUAAGGAAUCUCAAGCCAUUGCAUUGGGCCUCUAUAGUCUAUAGAAUAUCACAAAUGAGAAAAUAGUUCUAGUCUACAAAGCAGGAGGAGGAUCAUUAGAUGUUUCUAUAAUUAGUAUCCAAGAUUAAAUAUUUGAAGUAAAAGCAAUGAGUGGAGAUAAUCAUCUUGGAGGCGAGGACUUUUUACAAAGAAUAGUAGAGUUUUGUUUAGAGGAAUUCAAACUUCAUUCUAAAGUGGAUUUGAGUGGGGACAAAAACGCUGUCCUUAAACUUAGAUAAGAAUGUGAAAAUGCAAGAAAAAAGUUAACAACAGAUUAUGAUGUAAUGAUUAAGGUUCCUAGAAUUUAUUCGGCUUAUGAUCUUAAGGUAAAUUUCUCUAGAAAACAAUUUGAGGAGCUAUGUUAUGACUUGUUCUAAAGAUGCAUAUAGCCUAUAGUUAGUGCUAUGAAAGAUGCCAAAGUUAAUGCUAUUGAUAUUCAUGAUAUCGUAAUAGUUGGUGGACUUACUAGAACUCCAAGAUUGAAUUAGAUUCUUGAGGAUUUGUUUAAAAACAAGAAUCUUGUUCGACCUCAUAAUCAUCACGAUUUGUCAGCUUAUGGAGCUGCUCUUGAAGCUGGAAUAGUAAUGGGAAAAAUGGGUCCCUAAUUUUAAAAUCUGCUUCAGAUUGAUGCAACAUCAUAUGGAUUGGGGAUAGAAGUUGAUAAUGGAAAGAUGCAAUAUAUAAUCAACAGAAAUACGGCAUUCCCAACUACCAAGAGUGUGAUUUUUACAACAUCUAAAGAUUAUCAAUCUGAGUUUCCAAUUAGAGUAUAUGAAGGCUAGAGUGAGGAUACAAAAUUUGACCUAUUCCUCGGAGAAUUUAAAUUGAUUAAUAUCUAGCCAUCAUUUAAAGGAGUACCAAGGAUUGAAAUAAAAUUUGACAUUGAUGGUUAGAGAAAUCUUACAGUUACCGCAUCAGAAAUGGGAACUUUAAACAGGAGAUAUAUAAAGAUUGAUAGUGAAUGGAUUUCAAAGAUUAAUUUCCAAAAAGAAGCUGAAAUAAAAAACAAAAAUGUAAUCUUUUAGGAGAAUGUGUUUUAACCAAUUUCAAUUUAAAUCUACAAAAAAGAAUCAUAGAUUGAAAUGAUGAGUGAUGUUUGA